AUGCCUUCAACAACGCGGCAGUCUCAGUUCCGAAAGGUCCAAAGCUUCAAGACCGACUAUGCGCCCUGCACGAUCACCCAGUAUGUGUCGGAGCGAAGCGGUAUGCAGGUUGUAGUUGCCGAUCGACAAGGACCCAAGAUCAAUGGCUACUUCACCUUGGCAACUGAAAUACUUGACGAUUCAGGUGCUCCUCACACGCUGGAACAUUUGGUCUUCAUGGGCUCCAAGAGCUACCAGUUUAAAGGUCUUUUAGAUAAGCUGUCGUCUCGGGCGUACUCUGGUACCAAUGCUUGGACUGCAACAGACCACACAGCAUAUACACUAGAGACGGCUGGCUGGGAAGGUUUCGCACAAGUUCUUCCAGUCUACUUAGAGCACAUCAUUCUGCCAACAAUCACCGAUGAAGCCAUUACCACCGAGGUUUGGCACAUAGAUGGCGAAGGGAACGAUGCCGGUGUUGUGUAUUCUGAGAUGCAGGCUGUUCAGUUCCGCAGUCCAGAGAUCAUGGACCUCAAAGCCCGUCGCCUAUUAUACCCGGAAAAUGUGGGCUUUCGUUACGAGACUGGUGGCAUGACUGAAGCCUUGCGUGUCCUGACGCCAGAGAGAAUCCGCCAAUUCCAUCGGGACAUGUAUCAACCACGGAACCUUUGUCUAGUCAUUGUUGGCGAGACCGACCACGUGGACUUGCUGCAAAUUCUCGACGAGUUCGAGGACAGUAUCAAAGACGAUAUUCCUGCUUUGGAUGCUAAAUUUGAUAGACCCUGGCUGGAUUCUGCCCAGCCGCCAGCGCUGAAGGAAAGCAUCAUCACUACCGCUGAAUUCCCAGAAGAAGACGAGUCAGUGGGCGAGAUUCUCGUUGGCUUCUUUGGCCCUAAUUGCGUUGAUCUCAUCGAAACCUCCGCUCUCAACAUUUUGCUUACCUAUCUUUGCGGCUCCUCGGUGUCCGUUCUCGAAAACGUGCUCGUUGAGAAAGAAGAGCUUGCCAGCUCUGUCACGCAAUGGUGGGAACCAAGACCGAGGUCUGUCAUCUGGCUCCAGCCAACAGGCGUUGCCACAGAAAAGCUAGAGUUUGUGGAAAAGCGACUGAGGGAGCUUCUGAAAGAGGUCGCGAGCAAGCCUCUCGAUAUGGAAUAUCUACGGGAAUGCAUCCAACGGGAGAAGCGACAAGUCAAGUUCCAUGCCGAGACGUCUGAAUCAUUUUAUGCAACCAACAUCAUUACCGAUUAUCUCUUCGGCAAGCGGGACGGUUCGACACUACGGGAACUUGAAUCUCUCAGCGAGUACGAUGUCCUGGAGAAGUGGACUGAUGAGCAAUGGCGCGCCUUUCUCAGCAAAUGGAUGGCCGACGCUCAUCACAUUUCUAUCCUCGGCAAACCUUCACAUGAACUGGCCAAGAAGAUGAAAUCGGAUGAGGAGGCCAGAAUCACAGACAGAAAGGAGAAGCUCGGGGAAAAGGGACUGGAAGAGGUGGCUAAGCGCCUUGAAGCUGCCAAAAAGAAGAACGAUGAGCCUAUUCCUGCUGAAGUCAUUGAUCGAUGGAAUGUUCCAGGAACGGAGUCUAUUCACUUCAUUGAUUCUGAUACCGCCCGGUCUGGGCGAGCGCGGUCCAUUGGUAUAGGAAACGGCCAAGCACAAAAGACCAUCGACUCCGCCACGGAUGGCAAAUUGCCACUAUUCAUCCAGUUUGAAGAUGUGCCCACGAACUUUGUCCACAUCACCAUUCAUAUGGGUACCUCGCAGGUGCCCGUUGAGCUGAAGCCGCUCAUGUCCAUAUUCAGCGACAACUUCUUCAACACACAUAUAAUGCGGGAUGGCAAGCAAGUAGACUUUGAGCAGGUCGUCAUGGAGCUUGAGAGAGAUAGUAUCGGCUACAACAUCGGAGGAUCUCGAUCACUUGGCGACGCAGACGGCUUCAUGAUCACUUUUCAAGUCGAGCCUGACAAGUACUCUGCUGCAGUCAACUGGCUGAGAACCAUGAUGUUUGACUCCGUAUUUGACCCUCAGCGCCUCAACGCCGCAAUCACCAAGGCCCUCGCUGACAUUCCCGAAUCCAAACGUGAUGGGCGUGGCAUGGCCGCUGAAAUCGACGCCGCCAUUCACAUGGACAAGACAUCACUCGCUGUGGCCAAGCGAACACUGGUCAAGGCCGUCUAUCUCAAGCGUCUCAAGAAGCUCCUCAACAACGAACCCGAGAAAGUAGUCGAGUGGUUCCACACGAUUCGCAAGUCCCUCUUCACCUUCCAAAACAUGCGCUUCCUCGUCACCGCGAAUGUAUCCAAGCUCGAAAACCCAAUAGCUACCUGGGACGCACUCGCGGAGACACUUGUCGCACAAGAAGCCAUGGUACCGAUCCCCAAAUUCGUCGACCUCCUCAACGACGAAGGUCGCAAGCCGGGAUCCGUCGGCGCCAUCAUCGUCCCCAUGACCACCCUCGACAGCUCGUACUCCGUCAGCACCGCACCAAGCAUCACAUCCCUCUCUGAUCCCAAGUUCCCUGCCAUAAUGGUCGCAAUCGGAUACCUCGAGACAGUGGAAGGCCCUCUCUGGAACGCCGUCCGCGGCGCCGGCUACGCAUACGGUUCCUACUUCUCCCGCAACAUCGACUCUGGGCUGCUCUCGUACAGAGUGUACCGAUCUCCCGACGCAUACAAGGCCAUCUCCGCGUCCCGCGACGCCAUCAACAAGAUUGCCGUUGGCGAAGUCGCCAUUGACAAGCAUCUCCUCGAGGGAACGAUAAGCCAGAUUGUCGUCAUGUUUGCGGACGAACAAGCCACCAUGCCUAGUGCCGCACAGCAAAACUUUGUUCGUAGCGUCGUGCGUGGUCUACCCAAGGACUGGAGCAAGGAUAUACUCAGGCGUGUGCGGGAUGUUACCAUUGAUGAAAUGAAGGGCGUUAUGCGGGAGUUUAUUUUACCCUGCUUUGAGCCCGGUAGGAGCAACGUGGUGGUUACCUGUGCCAAGUUGAUGUCUGAGAAUAUGGAAACGACGUUCAAGGCCAUGGGGUACAAGGUGCAGACUCACGAGUUGAGCCACUUCCAUGAUGAUUAUGGUCUAAAAGCUGGCGAGGACGAGGAGGAUGAGGAAGAAGAAGAUGAUGAAGACGAGGAAGGCUCAGAGGGCUCGUAUGACGAUGAUGAUGACGACUCGGACUCAGACUAG